GGGGGUCCGGGGCUGCCGCCGCCGCUGUCGGCGGCACUGGCGGGGCGGCGGCGGGAGCGGGAGGCUGCCGAGGAUAUCAAACUGGCUUAGGUCCAUGAAGACUAUGCUGGUGUCAAGCUCCUUCUAACUUGCCUCCAGGUCUCAGGAGCAAAGGAGACAGAGCAUUUUCCUUCUCAUUGGUUGGGAUCUGGAGGACAUCAACGUGGUGGUUGCUCCCUGUGAUCACCUCAAAGAAGGCUGAGUGUUGAGCCUGAAGAGUCAGUCCUCCUCUUGACACUGUGUCAGUAUGCAUCUGUAGAGAUCAACUCUGCUCCCAGAGAAACAUUUGCUUAAGCAACUGCACCCUAACACCAGAGUGAGAAGACUUUCUAUCCACAGUCUGCAGAGCAAGGAUGUCCUAGAAGAGAGAACAGCAGGAAGCAGUGAUGAAAUAUAGGAUGGACCUGAUCUAGUGAAUUACCUUUUCAUCAUCACACAAUCCAGCUUAAGCUGUACCUUCAGGCUUGACAGCCCUCGUCAUUCAUAAUUUGAGGUAUCUAAUUUGCUGGCCUGGAGUGAUGCAACAUAAUAUUUGUCCACUGUGAGGUGUCAACAUGACAACCAGCAGCCGCACAUGUCCCGUACCGGCCGUGAAUGGACAUAUGACUCACUAUCCAGCAGCACCAUAUCCCUUACUUUUUCCUCCAGUCAUUGGUGGACUGUCACUACCUUCCCUCCAUGGACUCCAGAGUCACCCACCAACUAGUGGAUGCAGCACCCCAUCACCUGCAACAGUUGAAACUCAGAGCACCAGUUCUGAGGAACUUGUUCCGAGCCCUCCUUCACCACUUCCACCCCCUCGUGUUUACAAGCCCUGUUUUGUUUGUCAAGACAAGUCAUCCGGAUAUCACUAUGGUGUCAGUGCUUGUGAGGGAUGUAAGGGCUUUUUCCGCAGGAGUAUCCAGAAGAACAUGGUUUACACAUGUCACAGAGAUAAAAACUGUGUUAUCAAUAAAGUUACCAGAAAUCGCUGCCAGUACUGCAGACUACAAAAGUGCUUUGAAGUGGGAAUGUCCAAAGAAUCUGUCAGAAAUGAUAGGAACAAAAAGAAGAAGGAACCUUCAAAGCAGGAGUCCACAGAAAACUAUGAAAUGACAGCAGAGUUAGAUGAUCUCACUGAGAAGAUCCGAAAAGCUCACCAGGAAACCUUCCCCUCACUCUGCCAGCUGGGAAAGUACACUACAAACUCCAGUGCAGAUCAUCGGGUUCGACUGGACCUUGGGCUUUGGGACAAAUUCAGUGAACUUGCAACGAAGUGCAUUAUUAAAAUAGUGGAAUUUGCAAAGCGAUUGCCAGGCUUUACAAGUUUGACCAUUGCAGACCAAAUAACUCUACUCAAAGCAGCCUGCCUGGAUAUACUGAUCCUUAGAAUUUGCACAAGAUACACACCAGAACAAGACACCAUGACCUUUUCAGAUGGCCUUACCCUAAACCGAACUCAGAUGCACAAUGCCGGAUUUGGCCCGCUGACUGAUCUCGUGUUCACAUUUGCCAACCAGCUCCUGCCUUUGGAAAUGGAUGAUACAGAAACAGGUCUCCUUAGUGCCAUCUGCCUAAUCUGUGGAGAUCGCCAGGACCUUGAAGAACCAAUGAAAGUGGAUAAGCUUCAGGAACCCCUGCUUGAAGCACUAAAGAUUUAUAUCCGAAAGAGACGACCCAACAAGCCUCACAUGUUCCCAAAGAUCUUAAUGAAAAUCACAGAUCUUCGUAGCAUCAGUGCAAAAGGUGCAGAACGUGUCAUUACAUUGAAAAUGGAAAUUCCUGGAUCCAUGCCACCUCUUAUUCAGGAAAUGUUGGAGAACUCUGAAGGACAUGAACCACUGACACCAACCUCAAAUGGAAAUACUGCAGAACACAGUCCCAGUAUCUCACCUAGUUCAGUGGAUAACAGCAGUGUCAGUCAAUCCCCUAUGGUGGAAUAAGACAUUUUCCAGCUACUUCAGACAUUCCUAAUACCUUAUGUACAGGGAUGAAAAGCAAGAAAAACAUUUUUACUGCUGCUUAGUUUCUGGACUUAAUAUAUAUCUAUAUAUGUAUAUAUAUAUAGAUAAACUCAACAAGGACCAAGAAAUUUUCAUAUGUAUCGAUAUAUACUCCUUGCUGUUUAAACUCUUAAAACUAGAAAAUGCAAACUUUUGAAACUCUAAAUCAGCCAUUUCAUGCAAAAAAAAAAAAAAAAAUAGUUAAGCUUCUGUUUUCUUCUCUGAACACUCAAUAUUGCAUGGUGACAAGACAGAUCUCAGUCUUCAAAUUCUGGUUGCAUUUCUGAUGACUUUGUACAUACAAAUGUAUGGCUGUACUCUCCAUACUGGAUGUUUGGUGCUUUCCUUUUGUCUCUCAUACCUAAAACGAUCAAGACACCAACCAUAGGACAUGGACUACUGUACACAUCCAGAGAAGGAAGUUGAAAGGACCGUCUGAUUUAGUUGAAAUACGAAAAUUUGUCCUUGCUGCCCUCAGUUUGCAUCUCCUUCCUUGUAAAAAGUAUACAAAAUGUCACUGCCCCAGCAGAAGAGGUAUCAGUAUCAGCAUUAACUGCCAGAUCAGUUAUUCAGAUGUCAUUUGUUCCACUGUUAAUGUCACUUUAAAGUUUAAAGAAGUGGUUUCUUAGCUGGCUGGUGACCUAGCUCCACAAUUACCUGCUCCAUUUCGACAGCAAUGCUAUAGCCUCCAAGGCAGAAACACUUUUCAGUGUUACCAUGUUUUUGUUUACUUGUUCACAAGCCAUUAGGGAAACUUCAUGGGAUGAUAACCAGCAGACUCACUUACAGCUUUUGAAUCGCUGAGUCCAGGGUAUUUCCUUAAGAAUCAACUGCCAGGAAUCAGCUGGGCUUUCCAGCCUUCCCGGUGCUAAGGAAGUGCAGCUAGGACUUCCAGAAACACAAGGAGAGAAUCUGCCUUCUUGGCCUUGUUAAAUCACCAUGAAGCAGAGUGAAAACUGUGGUAGAAUGGUUAACAGAUUUAAAGUGUCAGUUUCUUAGGUUUCAUUUAAAGCACUAGUGGAUUUUUUUUUUUAUAUAUUCUAGCAAGUCUGUGAUGUACUUUCACUGGCUCUGUUUGUACAUUGAGAUUGUUUAACAAUGCUUUCUAUGUUCAUAUACUGUUUACCUUUUUCCAUGGAGUCUCCUGGCAAAGAAUAAAAUAUAUU